CGAUUACCUUACAUUAUUUGAGAAGUGGGAAGUGGAGGAAAAGACAUGGAAAGAUAAAAUAGCAAAGAACAAACAAAAACGACGUCGUGGUUGCAGAACUGUGCUUGCAGACUUGCACCCUAAAAGUCCAAUACAACGGCAACGUAUACAAAAGCUUGGCGCCAAUGACAAACGUUGAGCAAUCCCAGACUCGAGCCACGUUACAGCUGGGCCCAUUCCUAGUCAAAGUCAAAGAAUCAAACGGCUCAAACAUGCCCACGCACAUCUCGACCAGAAACCAACCGUACAACCCAACAACACAAAAUCAACUGCCUUUUAAACUGAAAAAACCAGCCGACAACCCCCGUCCACUUCCCAAAUCUCGAGCUCCUCACAAUUAGACAACUACGAUCCCUUCGAUUGAAAACAAUAAAAAAAUUGUUAGCUUCCCCAGGCAAGCGAGAUUCCAGAAAGGUUCCCCCAUGCGAAGUUCAAUCAAUGGUGGAAAAACUUUUGGAUCAUAGUAUUAUACUGUCAGUCUGAACUCUGAAGACUCUGGAAACGCCAGUACUAAGUUACCAGGAACGUUUUUCAGAACUUUUCUGGUUCUUGCGUUUCUUUAACUUUUGCAGUUUUUCUCCAUGGAAUGUGUAAGGCUGGGUUUUGGGUAUUUCUUCCUUCUUAACUUCUUUUGGAUGCCAAUGAUUGCUGCUGAUACCGACAGUCUUCUUUCACCCAAGGGUGUUAGCUAUGAGGUGGCUGCUCUGAUGGCAGUGAAGAGUAAGAUCAAGGACGAGUUGCAUGUGAUGGAUGGGUGGGAUAUUAACUCUGUUGAUCCUUGCACGUGGAACAUGAUCGCUUGCUCUGCCGAAGGUUUCGUUGUUUCCCUUGAGAUGGCCAAUAUGGGCUUAUCAGGAACGCUUUCGCCAAGUGUUGGGAACUUGAGUCAUCUUCGGGCAAUGUUAUUGCGGAACAAUCAGUUAUCUGGUCCCAUCCCACCCGACAUAGGAAAGCUUUCAGAGCUUCAGACUCUUGACCUCUCGGGUAACCAGUUUGAUGGAGAAAUUCCAGACUCUUUGGGGUCUCUAACGCAUCUAAGUUACUUGCAGCUCAGUAGAAAUAAGUUAUCGGGCCAGAUUCCCAAAACUGUUUCUAAUCUCACGGGUCUUUCAUACUUGGAUUUUUCAUUUAAUAAUCUCAGCGGUCCCUCUCCAAAAAUACUAGCGAAAGGCUACAGUAUUGCAGGGAAUAACUUUCUUUGUACUUCUUCAUCAACACAAGUUUGCAUGGGUGUUUCACAACCGAUAAAUGAUACAGGUUUAUUUAAGAAAGUCGGCGGUCAUCAUCAGUGGGUGCUUUCUGUUGCUGUUAGCAUCAGUUGUGCAUUUGUGGUUUCUCUGAUGCUGCUCGUCUGUUGGGUGCAUUGGAACAGAUCUCGGCUUCUCUUUACAUCUUAUGUGCAGCAAGAUUAUGAAUUUGAUAUUAGUCAACUCAAGAGGUUUACGUUUCGUGAACUGCAAAAUGCCACCGGAAAUUUUAGUCCCAAAAACGUCAUAGGGCAAGGUGGAUUUGGAGUGGUUUAUAUUGGAUAUCUUCCAAAUAGGUCAGUGGUUGCUGUCAAGAGGCUGAAAGAUCCAAAUUACACGGGAGAAGUGCAGUUUCAAACUGAAGUUGAAAUGAUUGGCUUGGCUUUGCAUCGAAAUCUCUUACGCUUGUAUGGAUUUUGUAUGUCCUCUGAUGAAAGGUUGCUAGUUUAUCCUUAUAUGCCAAAUGGGAGUGUUGCUGACCGCUUGAGAGACACUCGUCGAGAAAAGCCUUCUUUGGAUUGGAACAGACGAAUGAGGAUAGCGGUUGGAGCUGCCCGCGGGCUUCUAUACUUGCAUGAACAGUGUAAUCCAAGAAUAAUUCACAGGGAUGUCAAAGCUGCAAACAUUUUGCUUGACGAAAGUUUUGAAGCUGUAGUUGGGGAUUUUGGUCUUGCUAAGCUGUUAGACCAGAGGGAUUCACAUGUCACUACUGCAGUUCGUGGCACAGUAGGACACAUUGCCCCAGAGUAUCUUUCGACUGGACAAUCUUCUGAAAAAACAGACGUUUUUGGAUUUGGCAUACUACUUUUGGAACUCAUAACAGGGCAAAAGGCAUUAGAUGGUGGAAAUGGUCAAGUUCAGAAAGGGAUGAUUCUUGACUGGGUUAGAACAUUGCAUGAGGAGAAGAGGCUGGAAAUGCUAGUAGAUAGGGAUCUAAGGGAAUGCUUCAAUGCACUACAGCUGGAGAAAGUAGUAGAGGUGGCUCUGCAGUGUACUCAGUCGCAUCCCAACCUCCGGCCAAAGAUGUCGGAAGUUUUGAAGGUCUUGGAAGGUCUUGUUGAGCAGUCAGGACAUACAGAGGAUUCACAAGGUGGAACCAACCUUUGUGAAGCAAGGGCUUCUAGUUUUUCCAGAAUUAACAGUGAUGCUCAUCAAGAAUCUUCAUUUAUAAUCGAAGCAAUGGAGCUUUCUGGACCUCGGUGACAACAAGUUCAAUUUUUCCUUCCAAGUUCAACUGUAAAUGAGUUUUGUACUUCAUUAGAAUAGAUGCUAUACACAAACCGACUCGACUAUUCCAUACUCUUCAACUGGCCGAAAUGGUCAAAUGGGUUCAUCCUUCUUGUUCUAAGCUUGCAAAAUGAGCCAAGACUGCCAUCUAGUUUCAAGAUGGGCCGCCGUCAACACAGAAGAACAUUUUUGAGGCUACGCAUAGAUGUUGAGAUGAGUUGAGUUGAGUUAAUUGUGAAUAGUAGUAUUUUGUGAGUCCCAUUGAGAUGGGUUUAA